GCACUACAGCAGCAUUGCUGCACACUGCUGAGCCAUAAUCAAUCUAACCACUACACCUGGUCCACAUGGUCUUUCCUCUAUACCACAUAGUUGAGGGUUGAGGACAACACACACAAACAUUCAGCCAGACACACCCUGAGACAAUUACAAAACAUCAUACACAGACCAACAUACAAUGUGGUAGGAUUAGGAUGCUACUUGUUGUCAUUUGACAGCUGAGAAUAUGAACAUGUUUGUUGGUUUAAGCCUGUAUUUUCCACAACAUGAAAUGUAGGCGUAGGCCACCUAAUACGUUGAAAUCAACAUGCUUGCUUCACAACCAGAUAAACAACCCCGGCUAGGACCUGGCUCAUGUUCUCCUCGUGUUAUCUGAUUGCUGUUGGAUUUCCCAAUCUUUGUUCCGUGUUUGUUUUCGUCACGUUCUUACUGGAAGGAAGCUGAAAACAGCCGUGUCGCUGCCGCAAGGCAGAAGGCGACCUUUUGGCGCAGAUCUAGGAUCAGCUUUCCUCCACAUCCUGUAACCAUAACGAUCAUUUGGGAGAACCACCAACGCCGAUCUAAGAUCAGUGUUUAUGGCUUCUGCGCUACACCUUCUAUCCCUGCGGAGCCUGGAUUGAAGCACAUGUGCGCAGUCUCCUCCCUUUCUCCCGGGAAGUAGUAUUUACCGCAGCCCAACUGCGGGUUGGGAACAUUCAGGAUGUCAUCAUCUGAACAGAAUACAGCUCACAGGGAUCAGUCUCUCCAGCCUCUUGAUCCAGUCAAGCGUUUAUUUGGCACCGAUAAUGAAGUGUAUCUGGAGAGCGAAUUGUGAAACGUUGAACUUCUGUUUUUAUAUUGAUUUUAUUUGUUUACAUUUUAUUAUGUGAGUGUUAUUACAUAUGUCGACUUUGGACUAAACACAGCGGACCUGCGUUGUUUGGUGUGCUAGUGAUUUGGUGCUCGUGCUUGAACCGUGUAUCUGGAUGAAAUAAGAGUUUGAGGUUCUAAAACUAGACAUCAGUGGCGUGUUUUUCGGUGUGUCCCCGAUCGUGGUCAGUGCUGUACAGCGGUUCAUGGUCACCCGUGCGUAACCAAUCACAUGGCCGCUCUGGAGUGAAGCAAGCCUCGCCACAGAACCACAGGUCGACCCACUCCCGUUCUCCACACCGCAGCGAUGCCUCCCGGUGUUGUAGCCCCGUCUCCACGGAGCUCUCCGGUCCGGUGCUUCUACGCCUUGACACCGUACUUCAUAGAGGACUCUGUCAUUUCCCAGAGCAAGAUUGAUCAGCUUAUCAGUGAGAGCUUCCUGACAGUGAAAGGUGCCGCCCUCUUCCUGCCCCGGGGAAAUGGCUCCUCCCCUACCUCUGCUUCCCGCUUCGCUCAGCUCCGCAGCAAACAUGCAGGUGACCUCCAGCAGCACCUGCAGACCAUGUUCACUCUCCUCCGACCAGAGGACAAUAUCAAACUGGCUGUCCGGUUGGAGAGUACCGUGUACCAGGGGACUCGUUACAUGGUGGUGGUCUCCACUAACGGCCGUCAGGACACCGAGGAGAGCUUGGUGCUGGGUAUGGACUUCAGUCCUGCAGACAGCUCGUGCUCGGUGGGGCUGGUUCUCCCUCUAUGGAGCGACUCACUGAUACACCUGGAUGGAGACGGGGGUUUCAGUGUGUCCACUGAUAACAGGAUCCAUGUAUUCAAGCCUGUGUCGGUGCAGGCCAUGUGGUCUGCUCUGCAGUCGCUCCACAAGGCGUGUGAGGUGGCUCGUUGCCAUAACUACUUCCCCGGCAGCCUGUUCCUGACCUGGGUCAGCUACUACCAGAGCCGUGUCUCCUCUGACCAAUCACGCAUCAACGAGUGGAACGCCAUGCAGGACGUCCAAUCACAUCGUGCCGACUCUCCCGUGAUGUUCUCUGACGUGCCGACGGAGAGAGAGAGGACAGAGCGGCUCAUCAAGACUCGUCUGAGAGAGAUCAUGAUGCAUAAAGACCUUGAGAAUGUCACCUGCAAAGAGAUCCGCACAGAGCUGGAGGUGCACAUGGUGUGUAACCUGUGUGAGUUUAAGGAGUACAUAGACAAGGAGAUGAUCCUGAUCCUGGGUCAGAUGGACAGUCCCACUGAGAUAUUUGACCAUGUUUACCUGGGCUCUGAGUGGAACGCAUCCAAUCUGGAAGAGCUGCAGAACAGUGGUGUGCAGUAUAUUCUGAACGUGACGAGGGAGAUUGACAACUUCUUCCCAGGUGUGUUUGAGUAUCAUAACAUCCGUGUGUAUGAUGAAGAGGCUACAGACCUGCUGGCCUAUUGGAACGACACCUACAAGUUCAUCUCCAGAGCCAGGAAAGCAGGAGCUAAGUGUUUGGUUCACUGUAAGAUGGGUGUGAGUCGCUCUGCGUCCACGGUGAUAGCCUACGCUAUGAAGGAGUACGGCUGGGACCUGGAGAGAGCAUUCAACUACGUUAAGGAGCGACGUGCUGUCACCAAACCUAACCCCUCCUUCAUGAGACAGCUAGAGGAGUACCAGGGCAUACUGCUGGCCAGUAAGCAGAGACACAACAAGCUGUGGCGUUCCCACUCGGACAGUGACCUAUCGGAGCACCACGAGCCACUAUGUAAGACCGUCCAACACCCCCACACCCUGGGCCGCUCCGACCCUCGUAACCAGGGUAACAGCCCCGCCGCCCUCUCCCUGCAGGAGCUGCUGCAGCCGCUGGGAUCCCCCUCCAACACGGGCCAGGUGGUGCGGUCCAUCUCUGAGUGUGGGACCCCUUCUAGUGCAGGGAAGGUGGUACAGUCCAGUAGCCAGCCCAAUGCUACUGCUACCCAGGAGAAUAAUCUGGACACUAACCAGGAGACUAGGACUGAUGCUCUGUUGACCUCCACAACUGGGGACCAGUCAUUGGGCACUGGGGACCAGUCAUUGGGCACUGGGGACCAGUCAUUGGGCACUGGGGACCAGCCAUUGGGCACUGGGGACCAGCCAUUGGGCACUGGGGACCAGUCAUUGGGCACUGGGGACCAGUCAUUGUGGGGACCAGCCAUUGGGCACUGGGGACCAGCCAUUGGGCACUGGGGACCAGCCAUUGGGCACUGGGGACCAGCCAUUGGGCACUGGGGACCAGCCAUUGGGCACUGGGGACCAGAAUCCUUCAACAGCAGCAGCUACUACUGCCUCCACUGGUUCCCAGGCCCACGGGGAGUCUGUGUGUUCCCAGUCACCCCCUCUCUCCAACGGCCUGUGUGA